AUGUCCUUGUAUACCAAUGCCGAUGUGAUCGCAACGAGGGAAGAACUGGUGAACUGUAUAAUGGAAUGCACGGAAAUGACGUAUCGGCGAAACCGGAAACGACGCAACACAAACCCAGAAGAAAGAAGGAGAAAGAGGCUUGGAACGCAGGGCAUCACCGUUUCCAUGGUGAUUGCCCGCGAAAAUACAAGCUGGACACCAAUUAUCUACCCCUUAGAGGGGUACAUAUAG